GAGGAAUUAUUGGAAUUGAGAAAUGUAUUUAGUCAAUCUAAUGCAAAACAUGUCGCCAUGCCGGAACAUUUACCCACACAACCUGCUGCUGCUGCUGCUGUGUGUGGGUUUACAAAUGCUAGUGGCAAUCAUGGAAUCGGCAAUGAGAAAGCACCGAUUUUCAAUGGUCAAAACAAUUAUGAAUCUAAUUCAGAAGUAUAUCAACGUGUGAUGAAUGGGAAAGCAAGAAAAUUAUCGAAUUGUGAACCAGUUCUAGAUGGUGACAGUGAAAAUACAUCUAAAUCAGUUUAUGUAAGUGUUUGA